AUGGAUUGCACUCUUCGCGAACUUACCUCGCUCAUCAAGGAGGUGAACCCAGACGCGCGACGUCGCGGCACGACCUUCGACUUCGCUAUAGUAGCACCUGAUCGUAUGAACAACCGCUACACCAUCCGCGACAUCGGAAACACCAUGAAUGGCCAGAGGGGCGUCGACGACGGAAAAUCGGUAAAAUAUCUUUCCUAUCUGUUUUUUUUUCUCAGUGAUUGUUCCCUUUCCAUGUGUAAGUUCGAGAUUGGAGACUUCAUCGAUGUGGCAAUCACAAUGCCUGGGGUUGGACCAGGACCGGUGAGAAGGUAUGGAUCAUUCGGUAUGAGGCGCAACGGAGAUGACUUCGAUAGGGAUAGAAGAAGGUUCAGUCCUGUUCGAGAAAGGUAUUGAAU